GCCUUGCAUCCACUCGCUCCAGCAUUCGCUUGAUACCCGUCCGUCCCUCUCUCCUUGGAUGUCAACAUGUCGAGGUACACCAGCGAGACUCCCAUGGACUUUGAAUUCCAAAACGGCACCGGACCCCUCGACGGACGCUCGCCUUUCGCCCAAGUCUCCGCAAACUCGCAGAGGCUCCCGCAGAGCAGCCCUUCGAAAAAGAGAACCCACGGCGUGUUUGAUUCGCCUUCCAAAGCCCGACCGAUGGGUGUCCAGCCAUCCUCGCCUGAGAAACGUCUCCCACCCCUUCCCGCAGCAUACAAUACUCUUUUCAAUACUCCACGCAAGCCCCGAGACGACUUCGACGACUCCUCCGCCGGCGAGACCCCGCAAUCCGUGGAGCCCAAAGACGACAGCGACGCAACACCGGAGAACACGAAUCGGACGCGUACAUUGCUUUCACUGCAGAACAACCGGCAAGACACAGCGGGUGCACAGCGACGACGCAGUCCGACCAAGGACAGGCCAGCUUACCCACGGAGGGACAGCCUGUUGUUCCAGCUGGCAACCAAGGUCAAGAACAAAAUGUACAGCCCGGGAAGGGGAGAGCUGGUGCGAAAAGAUCAUUCGGGCGCGAUAGAGAAGAGUGUUGCCCGGCGGCGGAAGCGUGACGUGGACCAGAGAGUCGCCAAACGGAGGAGACAUAGUAUGUCGGACUCUGCAGACGACCACGAUGGAUCCUCGCGCAGUCCUCGCAAGGGCAGCAAAUCGUCGGAGGAGCUCGAUGACCGGAAACCAUACUGGGUGUCGUCCCUCUUCUCCUUCGUCGCGCAGCAUCCCACCCUCCCCAACACACUGUCGCAGUAUGCACAGUUUCUAUUCAACGUCUUCUGGCUGGGCAUCCUGGCCUACAUGACCUACUCCUUUUUGGCGGCGGUGAUGGGAGAUGUGGACAAGGCGUCGAAGGAAGCGAUGACGGACGUGAUUAGGGAGAUUGCGUUGUGCAAGGCAGACUACGAGCGAAACAAAUGCGAACGGUCGACGCGGGUGCCCGCGGUGGAGGCGGCGUGUGAGGAGUGGCACCGGUGCAUGUCUCGCGACCCCAAGAAGGUCGGGCGGGCGAUGGUGUCUGCGCGGACGUUUGCGCAGAUCUUCAACAACUUCGUCGAGCCCAUCAGCUACAAAGCCAUGGCAUUUACGUGCAUCUUGGUGUUUGGAUGCUUUGCCAUCUCCAACCUGGCCUUUGGCUUCUUCCGACACAAGAUGCAGGAGUUCCAACCCGCCGGGGGUUAUGGGCCUCCUCCACCCACUCCUCAGCGCACGUUCAGUGGACAAGAUGGGAGUUUUUACGCAGGAGGUACCCCGUGGCAUCAACCGCCGCCAGCUGGACUAUUCGAGCCGCAGCCGAGUGGGGGAUUUGGGCAGAUUGAUGGACAGGGAAGUCCUCAACGGAGGCUGGUGUACAAUUGAUCCUCGAAUUUUCUCGUAUUGCGUGCAUUUGUUUGGAGCGGUGGGAUGGAAAGGAUAGCCUAUCGCUGGCCAGAGCGUUGGACAAAGUCGAUUGCAGAUGGACGAAAUCAACGAACAAAAUGAAUGAACAAUCACGUAACGCGUGAGGACGAAAGUAGAGUGGAGGUUGAAAAUCUCUCCUUCAGUACUCGAACCCAGAAUCGCGUUUGCUGUCUGAAAGCCGGUGCGGCCCGUGCGCAGUACUUGAGCCAUGGAAGUGAACUUUUGAGGCGGGGCAGGCACGAUCAAACUUCCGCUUCGCUC